CCUCAGCGGCGUGGGGCGGGGCAACUGAGCCGAGCCUGGGUCCCAGUUCCGUGAGCGUAGUGAAGGUGCUGCAGGGAGCUGGGCCCUGGCCUCGGUGGACGCUGCUGCUUCCGAGAGAUAGACUCCAAGGAAGACUGAGCAGUUGCUGAGUCCCUAAGCCAUGGCCCGGGUGUCAGUGAUGUUCAGUGAUGUGUCCAUAGCCUUCUCGCAGGAGGAGUGGGAGUCCCUGGACUUAGAACAGAGGAAUUUGUACAAGGAUGUGAUGAUGGAGAACUACCACAAUGUGGCCUCACUAGGAUGCUUCAUUUCUAAGCCAGAUGUGAUUUCCUUACUGGAGCAAGGGAAAGAGCCCUGGAAGGUUGUGAGGCAAGGAAGACGAUGUCCAGAUUCAGAAACUAAGGAUGAGACCAAGCAGGUGUUCUCAGAAAAUGGUGUUUAUGAAAUGAAUUUAUCCCAGUGGAAGAUAAUGGAAAGAAUUGGGAACAGUGGCCUAAAAAGCCUCCUUUUAAAAAAUGAAUGGGAGUCGAGAAGAAAACAGGAAAGACAAGAGGGCUCUCAGGAGGGAUAUCUCAGUCAAGUGAAGCGCACACCUGAAAGAGUGUCCUCUUAUGAGAAGCGCGUAUCAACUACACGUCAGAGGAUCCAUUUUGUGGAGAAACCCUAUGAGUGUGAUGAAUGUGGGAAGGCCUUUAGAGUCCGCCAGCAGCUCACUUUCCACCACAGAAUUCACACAGGCGAGAAGCCCUAUGAGUGUAAGGAGUGUGGAAUGGCCUUCAGGCAGACCGCACACCUUACCAGGCACCAGAGACUUCACUCUGGUGAAAAACUGUACGAAUGUAAGGAGUGUGGGCAAGCUUUCAUAUAUGGCCCAGAGCUCAGAGCACAUCAGAAGCUUCACACCGGCGAGAAGCCCUACGCAUGUGAAGACUGUGGGAAAGCCUUCAGGGUGCGGGGACAACUUACUCUCCAUCAGAGGAUCCAUACUGGGGAGAAGCCCUAUGUGUGUCAGGAGUGUGGGAAGGCCUUCAGGCAGUAUGCACACCUCACUCGCCAUCAGAAGCUUAAUGUUGCCGACAGACUGUACGAGUGUAAAGAGUGCGGGAAAGACUUUUUGUGUGGCUCUGGUCUUAGAGUACAUCUCAAACUUCACACUGGUGAGAAACCCUAUGAGUGCAAGGACUGUGGGAAGGCGUUUCGAGUUCGACAGCAGUUAACACUCCAUCAGAGGAUUCAUACUGGGGAGAAGCCCUAUGAGUGCACUGAAUGUGGGAAGACCUUUAGUCGGGGAUACCAUCUUAUUCUCCAUCACAGAAUCCAUACUGGAGAAAAGCCUUAUGAAUGCAAGGAGUGCUGGAAGGCGUUCAGUCGCUACUCACAGCUUAUUUCGCAUCAGAGUAUCCAUAUUGGGGUUAAACCCUAUGACUGUAAGGAAUGUGGGAAGGCCUUCAGACUCCUCUCUCAGCUCUCACAGCAUCAGAGCAUUCAUGCUGGGGAGAAGCCCUACACUUGUAAGGAAUGCGGGAAGUCUUUCAGAUUGCGUCAGAAACUUACUCUACACCAGAGCAUUCAUACUGGUGAAAAGCCCUUCGAGUGCAAAGAAUGUAGGAAGGCCUUUCGACUUAAUUCUUCUCUUAUCCAACAUCUGAGAAUCCAUUCUGGUGAGAAACCCUAUGAGUGUAAGGAGUGUAAGAAGGCCUUUAGACAACACUCUCACCUCACCCAUCAUCUGAAGGUUCAUACUGUCCAAGUGAUCCACACUGGUGAGAAACCUUACAAAUGCAAGGAGUGUGGGCAACCCUUCAGACAGCGGGCACACCUUAUCCGACAUCACAAACUUCACACCGGUGAGAAGCCCUAUGAGUGUAAGGACUGUGGGAAGGCGUUUACAGUGCUCCAGGAACUCACACAGCACCACCGCCUUCACACUGGUGAGAAACCAUACGAAUGCAAGGAGUGUGGAAAGGCCUUCCGGGUCCAUCAGCAGCUGGCUCGGCAUCAGAGGGUUCACACUGGGGAGAAGCCCUAUGAGUGCAAGGACUGUGGGAAGACCUUCAGACAGUGCACACACCUUACCCGACACCAGAGACUUCACACGUCUGAGAAACUGUAUGAAUGUAAGGAGUGUGGGAAAGCCUUCGUGUGUAGCCCAGACCUUCGAGUACAUCAGAAAAUCCACUUCGGAGAGAAGCCCUAUGCAUGUAAGGACUGUGGCAAGUCCUUCAGAAUAUGCCAACAGCUGACCAUCCAUCAGAGUAUUCACACUGGGGAGAAACCCUAUGAAUGUAAGGAAUGUGGGAAGACCUUCAGGUUGAGGCAGCAGCUUGUUCGCCAUCAGAGAAUCCAUACCCACGAGAGACCCUAUGAGUGUCUGGAAUGCUGGAAGACCUUCAGUAGUUACUCACAGCUGAUUUCACAUCAGAGCAUUCAUGUUGGGGAGAGACCUUACGAGUGUGAAGAGUGUGGAAAGGCCUUCCGGCUGCUCUCGCAGCUCACUCAGCACCAGAGCAUCCACACGGGCGAGAAGCCUUAUGAAUGCCAGGAGUGUAGGAAACCCUUCCGGCUGCUCUCGCAGCUCACUCAGCACCGGAGCAUCCACACCGGCGAGAAGCCUUAUGAAUGCAAAGACUGUGGCAAGGCUUUUAGACUUUAUUCAUUUCUUUCUCAGCACCAGAGGAUCCACACUGGUGAGAAACCCUACAAAUGUAAGGAGUGUAAGAAGGCCUUCAGGCAGCACUCACACCUGACCCAGCACCAGAAGAUCCACAGUGGGACCUGACAAGCUCUAUACAAGUCGUAACAUGUCAGGAGGUCCGUUUUUAAGACUAAUUUAUUUUGUGCUUAUAAGUAAACAUAAAUAAGUCUGCGUUGCUUUAAAAGCCCACCAUCCUCACUUAAACAUUACAUUUCUUCAGCAGAUUCUCAUGAAAGAAAAUUUGAUGAAUGUAGGGAAAUGUUUAGCCUCACCUGUUACCAUACCAUCUACAUACAUCUCACUACUCUCUUCCAGUGUGACACUGGACAGGACCCUAAGCAUUAAUGCCUUGUUUUGCUCACUGUCAAAAAGGUGACAAUAGUACUUACACAUACUACUUAUUGUUAUGUAACAAAUUAAUAGAAAAACAGUAGAUUAAAUAAUAUACUUGUAUUAUCUAAAAUUUUCUAUAGAUCAAGAGUCCAGGGAUGCCUUAGAGGUUUCGGCUAAGGCUGGCUCCCAUCUGAAAGCUUAGCUAGAGAAGGAUCCACAUUGGCAGGAACAGGUUAGACACCUGAAUUCAU